UCAAUGGCGACAUCUACUGGAUUAUAGAGUAGCAAGAUGAGUGUAUUAACAUUUUUAUCAACUCAGCAGGAGGAACUGUGUCUUCUCCAACCAUCCGGCCUGGAGCUGCAAAGAGAUGAAUCUGAAGAGACAGGAAGAAAUAUGUAUGCAAGGAUAGAGGAGAGCAGGAAGGCAGAGACAGGAGGAGAAGAAGAGAUGGAAAAACACAUGAGACUGGACUCUACAGAGCCACAACAUCAUGCCCGUGUGACCUUCAUGUUGACUAGUUUGACUCAUCUGUUGGUAAUGAUGAGUGGGAAGCCGGGUGAGGUCGAGGUUCGCCUUGACGACAUGCUGUCACGCAUAGCCAUGGAGACGCAGGAGAUCAAAGAGCUGGAGCAAGAGCUUACAGACGGUCAGAUAUUGGCUAAUGAAGCUCUUCAAAGAGACUUGGAAGAAAUCAUCUCAGGGCUUCAAGAUUAUCUGAGAGGACUCAGAGAGCAGGCUCGUCAUGCUCAGCAACAGGCUCAAACUCUGCAGACUGAAAACAAGAGUCUGCAUCUACACUUGGAGGUCACUCAAAGACACUGCAGUCGCCUAGAGGACAACGCAAAGUUGCACAAACAGGACAUGUCAAUCCAGCUGGAGGAGCUGUCUCUGCUGCGGAUGGAGGCCCAGACUCUGAGAGACAGACAGGUGCAGAACAGCAGGCAACAGGUGGCGCUAGAGGAGGAGCUCCAGCAGCUGAGGGUGGAGCUAAGCAUACAGAUCACACAGGCACAGUUGCAGCGUGACGCUCUGCAGGUAGCUGUUGACAAGGAGAAACAGACCAGAGAGAUCAGAGAGUUUCAGCUACAGUCAUCCAUCACCACCCUGCAGGACGAGAAAUCAUCUCUUCAGCAUGUAGUAGAAAGACUUCAAGCCCAACUAGACCAGACCAAAGUCCAGUUACACCAGACCACAACCCAGUAUAGAGACACGAGGAUCCAACUAGAUCAGACCAGAAUCCAUCUCGACCAGAUUACAACAUCCUUGUUGGAUCAUCAGGAGGUUCAGAGUGAGCCAGAAGAGCUAGAUGAGGACAAAUACAGUUCCGUCAGUCCUGAAGACAUGUGGUCCAGUAGUGUGAAGCAGCAAUACCAUGCAAUCCAACAAACCAGGAACAGCAGAGAGAAACUUCAACGAGACCACAGCCACAGCCAAGAACAGAUCGCCAGCUUACAGGCCCAGCAAGUCCACGAUCAGGAUCAGAAAGCCCAGCUGGAAGCCCAGGUGAUCUCUGGUGUGGAGCAGGACCAGGAGUCUGAUUGGAGGCUAAAAGAGGUGAAGGAUCUGAGGGUCAGACUGAAGAGGUCUCAGAGCAGAAACAGCCACAUUCAACACGAACUGGAGGCGGAGCUGCAGCAGAGUCGUGUACAGCUUCAGGAUGUUCAACAGGAGAGAGACACGCUGUUAGAGCAGCUGCGUUCACAGAGCGACGAGCACCAGAGGAGCCUCCACCAUCUGAACAGGAAAAUACUGCAGCUCAGCAGGUCCAUGUGCGACUCUGAUCAGCUGACUGCAGAACAGCUCAAGUCAACAAUUGAACAACUGAGAGAUCUGAACCACACCGUGGAGCUGCUGCACACUCACUCUGAACAGAACUCUGUGGACGAGCUGGAUGGCAGCGAACACACAACUACGCUGCACUCUGAACACACACAGACACUGGAGGAUCUGAGGGCUGAGCUGGCCAAAGCUCAGAGACACACACAAAAACUGAGACAGAAGCUGGACCGGACCAGGGCCAGGAACAGGACCAGAAACCGGACCAUGCCUAGAGAUGGAGGACAGUGGUGCUUCAUACCUCCUGGACACAGUGCUCCUAGUCUGGGCUCUCAGGGGACUCAGGACUCUGGCUUGGGGCUGAAGUAUUUCAGCUCUCCUGAAAGGGGACGACAUCAGGACUUACCGCCCACAGGAGGAGGGUACUGGGUCUAUAUUCCCCCGACACACAGUGGCUCAGGCACAGUAGCAGCAGAAUUUAGGGACAGCGGAGGAGACAGUGAUGCUGACAGGAGCCCCAGAAGACAAACACCUCCCCCCCCUCCUGCUGCCUUAGCUGGGCUCUCUGACAGUCAGACUCCCCUGAUAGAACCUGCCUGGCUGCUCUGUGGUUCACCUGCAGCUGUCGUCUACAGUCAUCCAACGGGAGGCGCUGUGCUGCACCGUAACAUCCCAGAGCACCGACACACGGAGGUAGACAGGUGUGUGUGUGAGUGUGUGCACAAGGAAGCAGAGAGGCUGGUGGAAGAGAAAAAUAAACUACGAAUGGAAAUCAAACAGCUGAGACACUCACUGAGACGAAACAGGAGCGUGAUGCAGGUGUGUGAUGAGGUGGAGUGUGUGGAGAAAACUCUUCUGAAAAGACGAGCUGAACUCCGGCAGGCUGACAGGCUGCUGCUGGAGGCUCAGAGCUCCAUUCACAACACCAGAGACACGGCCAGCUCAGCUCAGCAAGAGGCCGACAUGUUACUGGAAACAGCUCAGGAAAGCGCCACCUGUCUUCUGCAGGCCACGCAACAAAUCAGAGACAUCCAGGAGGAGAUGGAGGAGCUGAGGAGGAGGAGGCACAAGGAGCAGUACUCUCUGAGGGAAGUGAAGGAGGAGCUGAGGAGCAGAGAAGAGGAGUUCCAACAGCUCUGCACAAAAAUUAACUCGGCUUCAGAGAGACUAUCAGGUGUGCUGUCAGAACUUCAAGAGUCUGAGAAGCGUCUACACUCGCUCAACCGUCAGGUGGAGCAGCAGGAGCAGAAGCUGGUUCAGAGGAGGGAGGAGCAUCAAACAGCUGUGAACAGAGAGGAGGAGGUCAGAGAGGAGGAGCAACGACUGCAGGACAGAGUCAAGGAGCUGUUGGAGCAGCAGGAGGCGCUGCUGAGCGAGCAGAGGUCCACAGUCUCUGCUCUGAGAGAGGAGGAGCAGAGACUGAUCACAGUGCAGACUGGGCUCAUCACACACCGAGCAGAGCUAAAAGAGGUCCGACAGGAGAUACUUGCAGAGCAGCAGGCAUUGGAGGAAGUGAAAAUCAAACGCACUCGGCGUGUCCAGCGACUGAAGAAGAAGCAGGAUCAGCUGGACAGACUUCAGGACGAGGUGGAGAGGACGCAGAAGGAACUGGUCAGGAGUAAUGAUGACCUACACAGGACGAAGGAUGAACUAGACACAGAGCAGACUGAACUGAAUCAAAGAAGAGACGAGAUGGUCGAGAUAAAUGAUGAAGUUUACAAGAAAAAGGAGGAGCUGGAAAAGAAGCGAGAGGAGGUGGACCGGAGGAAGAACGAAUUGGACAAACUGCAGGAGGAAGAGGACACGAAAAGGGAAGAGCUGAUCAAACUGCAAGAAGAAGUUAAGUCCCGCAGAAAGGAGGCGGAAAAACAUUUGAAAGAGAUAAAACUACAGCAAACUGAAGAGCAGGGGUUGCAGGAGGAGCUGAGCAGGAGGAGGGAGGAGAGGAGCAGCAUACAGGAGCAGUGUAAACACCUGGAGGCCAGACGCCGGCACGCCGACAGGAGUUUGUCAGCCGUUGAGGCAGAGCUCUCCAAACAGAGGGAGGAGCUCAGCCAUCUCAAAGAAGAGUUGGUCAGAGAAACAGCAGCCGCUCAGGAGCAGCUCAACGAGAACUCUGAGCUGCUGUCUUUGCUCAGUGAACGAGUGGAGGAGAGGAAGAAGCAGCUACAGAAUCUCGAACAGGAGGUGAAUGUGUUCAGUCAGCAGCAGCAGCAGAGAGAAGAUCAACUGAAGGAGCUGGACAGACAGAUACAACACAAACAGGGGCUGUGCGUUGGACUGGAGGAGGUCAAAGCUGCAGUGGGCCAGUUAGAAGAUAGGGGGCGCCACCUCAACCAGCUCGAGGAGGAGCUAUGCGAGAAGGAGAAGCGACUAAGUAACAAGGAGGAGGAGCUACGACGAGAGAAGGAGCUACAGCGUAAAGAGGGGGGUCUUGUUCAGAUGGAGGAGGGGCUUCAUGGGAAAGAAGAGGAUUACAGCAGGGAGGAGGAGGAGGAGACUUUCUACCUGUCUACAUCUGGACUGAGAUCAGACCUCAGCACUGAGGAGGAGAGGUGGGAGGUGGAGCUGAAGAGAGAAAAACUGAGACAACAAGAGGAUCGACUGAAAGCUCGUCUGCGCUGCAGUUUGUGGAAUCAGCAGGAGAACCUGAAGGUGAAGCGACUGGAGACAGAGGAGAGUUUACUGGGACUGAAGCACAAACUGGACCAGCUGGACUCUCUGCUCACACACACUCCGUAACACACACACACACACACACUAAUGUCACAGAGACUGUGCCGUGUCUUUACAGGGUAAAGUUAACUUCUAUGUACCAGAAAACCAAAUAACACGUAUAACAUGUGUCAGGGUGAAGGGUAACAUGAUUUACUGGAACCAGAAAUAGCUGUUACACUGCUCUCUAUCCAAACACACCAGACUCCAUUCACAGAAACAGUCAUUUUACCGUGUCGGCCAUGGUCGUUGCUUUCUAUUGCUGCCUCAAUUGGUUAAAUAUUUUGAGUAUUUGUGUUACAUCCAAACGGACAAUCAAAACACCAAAGAAAAACAAAAGACAAAGUCUUCGAUUAAGGCAGCAGUUGAACAGUUAGUUCACCGUUCUGCAAAAUUGAAUAACUGUCAAUGGAGCGACCACAAAAAGCCUGUCCCUCUAGGGAUCUCUUCUGUUACGUUGUCAGCCACUGAAAAUAACAACCUGGCAAAAAGAAUAACUUUGAGUGAACUUGUAGUACACUGAUUGGAAGCCAUUUGUCUCCAAUGAUUACACUGCAGCCAUGACAGCCUAUUUUGCGUUUUCCAACUGAAUCAAUCUCUGAAAGCUAUUCCAAAAUAUGUAAAGAUAUGGACCAGAAUCCCCCUUUAAAGGUCACAUAUUCUCCUCCUCUUCAACCAGUUUAAAUAAGUCUCAGAGCUCCUCAAAACAUGUCUGUGAAG